ACUGGCAGUCACCAACAAGACAUACAUGGUAGAUGUUCUAGGAAUAAAAAAUGGCAUCCAUCGACAGAAAAUCUCGGUAAAGGCCAUGGACUUGGUACUAUUUGGACCACCAAAGGAUAAACACAGGUUUGUAAGGGACCUUGUUCUCAUCCUGUUGCUUUUCAUUGCUCUGGGAGGAGUAUGGUUUGCACUCAACCAACACAGACUGGGAAAGAAAAAUGCCAUCAAGUUCAGAAAGAGGCUUGAGGCCUUACAGAAGGCAGAAUUAUCCCUGUCUGAACUACAGGAGAAACUGUCUGCAGCGGAGGAACAACAGAGAAGUGGUGUGACUGGGGAUUCUGCUGACAAUAUGGAUACCAUUUCGGAGGACUCGGAUAGUGUGAGGAGAGAACUGACAACUGAUGAAAAGUCUCGUUUGAUACAAGCAGAGGAGGAACUUUCACAGGUCCGAGCGGCAUUGAUACAAGCUGAGGAACGUAACAAAUGGACGCCACCUCAUGAACUUCAGAUCUGGCUACAGCUCUCGUAUGAAAUGGAACAUGCAUACUUCUUAUUAAAAAAAAAAGAUGCCUACAAGCGGGUCCAAAUUGUGAAGGAGGCAUGUGAGAAGAUGAAGAAAAAGCGAUCAGCAUUGUUUGGAGCAUUUCGUAUUGCUACUGACCACACUAUGGAGGAAUCCGAUCACAAUAUCCAUGAGGCCAAAGAAUCAUUAGAAGAAGUAAAUAGAAUAUUUAAAGAAAAAAGACAUCGAUGGUUAAGAAUAGAAAAAUUAUGUGACCUGUCAAUCAUCAACAACCCAGGGAAGGAUGCACUUCAUCGAAUUACACAGAGACCUACAGGUAUCAUCCCUACAUCCACCUACAGACUGCCACCUCACAUUCCUGCCAUGGAUGUUGGCGACCUUGAACUUGACGAGGACCUCCCCCCAGGGUAUCCAGGCCCAGCGCUAUUUUAUCGCUCGUCACUUGCUAACGGCCUUCCUAGACCACCAACGUACUCAGGGUACCCACCAGUAACGUUACGACAGCGUCCACGAGACCUAGGUACAGGGGGCAUGAAACCACGCCCAACAACCCCAGUGCAGGCACCCAUGACGGCACAUGCCAAGUCACCUGACCGAUCAAUGACCUCAAGUGAUAGGUCAACAUCAUUGCCAGAAACAGCCAGCCCAGAGGAAGACAGGCCUGUUUUCUCUCUUGGUGAAAAUACCCCUGAGUCACCAUGCAGCCUUCCUGGGUCAAUAGGAAUGUCCCAGCAGAACGGAAAUGCUUCAGUAGGACAACCAAACUUUAACCCUAUCCAUAACUCACAUUCCUGUUUCAUCAGCGGUAAGAAGAUCAGUGCCCACAAUAACCGUGAUAGCAUUGGCAACAGUAGUCUCCCUUUAAUGGAUGAGGACAAUUCUCAAAGUGCUCAGGUGACACGAAGUCACUCAGAAGCAAGUCUACUUAAACAUCAAGUGAAGUUGAUUGCACAUGAUGCACAGAGUAUAACCAGUACAGACUCUGGUAGUAUCCUUGAGAAUGGGAAAGUCAAGUCGAAAAAAAAUAAGAUUUUUAAAUCUCUGUUCCGUGGUGGUAAAUCUAAAGAAAAGCACAAAUCUUCGUGA